AUGGCACCGUCCAUGGAGGACGACUCGGGCGGCAGCCUGUUUGAGGACGCCCGGACCUUGUCCCAAAUGAAGCGAAGUCGCAUCGAUCUUACUCGACGGUACGUCUUUCUGUGUCCGACAGCUCUGAGUAAGCAUUUCGAGGCGCUGCCACUCGCAGCCAAGGAGUCCUCUCUUCUCGUCUUUAGAUGUGCCAGAAGCUUCGUGUUCAAAGACCCGCCCUCAGUCCGCCGCUCGAGACUGCGUGCGCGAGUGGAGUGCGGCAGCCAUGCGAAGCCGUCCUCGGCGCCCAAGUCGGGGCUGGCAGCGCUCUACCGGUCUGAGUUCUCUGACGAAUUCUUGCAGUGGGUCCUUACCAAGGAGAAGGAGGGCUGCGUCUUCUGGUACAAGCCAGACCAGGAUCUGGAGAAGAUGUCCAGCUUCUUUGAAGGGAAAGUCGAUCCUUUGGAUGAGCAACCCUACAGGCCACUUCUCUUGGAUGCCAUGUGGUGGCGAGUCCGAUUUGAUCGGGGCAGCGCGAGGUAUGUAGGCAACCCUCGGGGUAUUCUGGCAGCGAUAGCGGCUUUCCAUCACGGAAUGGGCCAAGAGAGAGACCUCGAUCUCCCAUCACUGCAGGAGCUCAUCUUCCAAAGCAAUCCGACCUUGGAGCCUGUUGUGAAGUGGCCCCAUGCCCCUUCCAUGCGCUUCUUGCCGGCCAAGGUUGAAGAAACGCCAGAGUACAAAGGGUACAUUGAGGGCAACCCGAGGCGACCUGGUCUCCAAGGGGAAGCUGUACUAGAGCGGCUUCAGAAAUGGCCCGACAGACCGAGAGCACGUUUGGAUAACCUCCACCACCACUGGCAGGCCCAGGAGAUGUCGAUGAGCCGGCAGAGUGUCUUUUCAUUUGGGGGUAGCGCCGUCCUUCGUGCUUCUUCGGGUACACCGCGGUGA